CUCACUGACUGCUGUAUUGGGAGAAUGAGGGGAAUGAAGAGGAAGCUGGGAUAUCAGAUUUUUGAAGGAAUUCAGAUCAGGAUCAUCAUGUCCAAAGUUCAUAACAUAAAAAAGCCUCUUACAUCUCAGAUUUCUCGUCUGACAAGUGAAUCUUACGUACAAAUGGAUUUUUUGCCUGACAAACUAAGAGCAAAGCUGCUUCCUUUUCAGAAAGAGGGCAUCACUUUUGCCCUUAGAAGAAAUGGCAGGUGCAUGGUAGCUGAUGAAAUGGGUCUAGGAAAGACAAUUCAAGCAAUUGCCAUCGCUUACUUCUAUAAGGAGGAAUGGCCACUUUUAAUAGUGGUCCCUUCAUCUCUGAGGUACCCUUGGACAGAAGAAAUAGAGAAAUGGAUCCCAGAACUAGAUCCAGAAGAAAUCAGUGUUAUUCAGAAUAAAACUGAUGUUGGGAGAAUAUCGACCAGCAAAGUGACGAUUCUGGGUUACGGCCUCCUGACGACAGAUGCGCAGGCUUUGAUAGAGGCGCUGAAUAGGCAGAACUUCGGCGUCGUGAUAGUGGAUGAAUCCCACUACAUGAAGUCCAGAAACGCGAGCCGCAGCAGAAUCCUACUGCCCGUGGUGCAGAAGGCCAGGCGAGCCGUGCUCCUCACAGGAACUCCGGCUUUGGGAAGGCCUGAAGAGCUUUUUAUGCAGAUUGAAGCUCUUUUUCCACAAAAAUUUGGAACAUGGACUGAAUAUGCCAAAAGAUACUGUGACGCACAUGUCAGAUAUUUUGGUAAAAGGCCUCAGUGGGAUUGUAGAGGGGCGUCAAAUCUUAAUGAACUUCAUCAGUUAUUAAGUGACAUAAUGAUUAGAAGGCUAAAGACUGAAGUUUUAACCCAGCUGCCCCCUAAAAUCAGACAGCGUAUUCCUUUUGACCUUCCACCAGCAGCAGCCAAGGAAUUGAAUACCAGCUUUGAGGAAUGGGAAAAAUUAAUGAGAGCUCCAAAUUCCAUUGCCACUGAGACUAUUAUGGGAUUGAUUACUCGCUUGUUUAAACAAACUGCUAUUGCCAAGGCCGGUGCUGUAAAGGAUUACAUUAAGAUGAUGCUUCAGAACGAUUCACUUAAAUUUCUGGUUUUCGCUCACCAUUUGAUCAUGCUCCAAGCUUGCACAGAAGCAGUCAUAGAAAACAAGACUCGUUACGUUAGGAUAGAUGGAAGUGUUCCAUCUUCAGAAAGAAUACAUCUGGUAAACCAGUUUCAGAAGGACCCUGAGACUCGCGUUGCUAUCCUGAGCAUUCAGGCUGCUGGUCAGGGCUUGACAUUUACUGCUGCAACUCAUGUGGUAUUUGCUGAGUUGUACUGGGACCCUGGGCAUAUAAAGCAAGCCGAAGACCGUGCUCACCGAAUUGGACAGUGCAGUUCUGUGAACAUUCACUACCUCGUUGCAAAUGGGACGCUCGACACCCUCAUGUGGGGAAUGUUGAAUCGCAAGGCUCAGGUCACUGGGAGCACCCUGAACGGGAGGAAGGAGCGGCUUCAGGCUGAGGAAGCAGAUAGGGAGAAGUGGGACUUCCUGCAGUUCGCCAAGGCCUGGGCUCCAAAUGAGAGCUCGGAGGAGCUCAGGAAUGACAUCUUGUUCACUCAUUUUGAAAAAGAAAAACAGCAUGAUAUUCGAUCAUUCUUUUUACCAAAAUCUAAAAAGAGUCAGUUGAUAACCUGUGAUGAAUCAAAGAUAUGCCACGAGAAAAAUACUGUAGUCCCAACAGACCUUGGAAAAAUAUCUACAAGAGAUAGUACUGAUUUUGAAAACAAUUUUGAGCCUGAAGCUAAAAGACUGAAGUCAGCCACCACGGGUGACCGCAGCAGCCCCCCACAGGAGCAGCCAUCCGGCCCCGGGCAAACCACAGCUCUAGCCCAGGCAACCUCCCGAGCCCUUCCUGGAAAGGACUGGCAGUGUGGUUUCUGCACCUAUAUUAAUAACUCAUUGCUACCUUACUGUGAAAUGUGUAGGAAUCCUCAUGGCAGUGCUGAUAACCUCAACGCUACCCAGGAUGAAAACAAAAAUGAGAAAGAUGAUUCUCAGAAAGACACGUGCAAGAAUGUUGGGAUGAAUUCUGACUGUGAAAAACAAGUGCUUGCUCGGUCAGAAAAUGAGCUGUUGGCUGAGAGCAAGGAAGAAACAUCAAAAAUCGAGAGAGACGGCAGACUCACAGCCCAGCCGGAUGAUGAGCAAUCGAAGAGCUCAGCCCCCCUGCCGGUGUACGGCGCCCUGAUGUUCCGGGCAAGUAGGAAUACUGACCGGAUUCACCUCUACACCCAGGAUGGAAACCAGCUGAACUGUAAUUUCAUUCCUUUGGAUAUAAAAUUGGACCUUUGGGAAGAUUUACCAACAAGCUUUCAGCUAAAACAAAACCGCUCCCUGGUUUUGAAGUUUGUUCGCGAGUGGAGCAGCCUAACGGCCAUGAAGCAGAGGGUGAUCAGGAAAAGCGGGCAGCUCUUCUGCAGCCCGGCUCUGGCUUUCGAAGAGAUCACAAAGCAGCAAGCCAAACAGGGUAGCACAAAAAGAUACAUAACCAAAGAAGAUGUUGCUGCGGCCUCGAUGGACAAGGUCAGGAAUGACGGGGGCCACGUCCGUCUGAUCACCCAGGAGGCCGGGCCCCGGGACACGGCCGCAGGAAAGUGUCUUGAAAAUGGAGCCUCUGUCCCACCUCUGAAUCCCUGCCUCGCCCAAACCAAUCUUAGUGUGAAGCCUCCUGCAUCCAAAGGCUAUUUGCAAGCUGUGGAUGAAGAAGGAAAUCCACUCUGCCUCCGCUGUCAGCAACCCACUUGCCAAACUAAGCAAGAGUGUAAAGCGAGUGCUUGGGAUUCACGGUUUUGCUCUCUGAAGUGUCAGGAGGAGUUUUGGAUUCGUUCUAAUAACAGUUACCUGCGAGCCAAAGUAUUUGAAAUUGAACAUGGUGUGUGUCAGCUGUGCAAGCUCAACGCUCAAGAACUCUUCUUACGUCUGAGAGAUGCUCCUAAAAGUCAGCGCAAGAGUCUUCUGGAUGUUACCUGGACCUCGAAGCUCCCUUUAGAGCAGCUCAAUGAAAUGAUAAGAGCCCCAGGGGAGGGACAUUUCUGGCAGGUGGACCACAUCAAGCCUGUGUUCAGUGGAGGAGGGCAGUGCUCCCUGGACAACCUGCAGACGCUCUGCACAGUCUGUCACAGAGAGAGAACUGCCAGACAAGCCAAGGAAAGAAGCCAGGUGAGGAGACAGUCUCUGGCGUCAAAGCAUGGAUCCGACAUCACACGGUUUUUGGUGAAGAAAUGAAGUUAAAAAACUUUAAACGGAUGACAGAUGGUUUACAUGUGGAGGAAUUUAACUCAUUUUUUUUUUUAUGUUUGUCUAAUAUCUUAAGAGUGAAAAAUUUCUGAAAAAUCAAGAAUUCAACUUCCCUUUUCAUAUUAAAUGCUUUUAGUGUUCAAUACCUAUUUAUAGAAAUCCCGGGACACAGUACUAUUUCUGUGAAAUCAUGCAGUCUCAAUUAUGUUUCAGUAAGGUUUGGUUAAGCUUUCAUUUACCCCCUACUAUACCUUAAUCAUGGUGGUGUUUUGCAUAGAUUGUAUUUGAAAAAUAUAUUCACAAUUACUUGCAAAAUGCUGCUCAGUUGGACUUGGUUCUAGAUUGCUGUGUGUAUAAAAUGGGACACUGCAAAACCUUAAGGGAAAUUUUGGAAGCAAAUCAUCAUUAUUCAGGAAUCCUGGGCGACGUGUGACCAGCCUACUUAGUAUGCAAGAGGGACUUGUGUUCACUGAAUGCCUCCAAGUGAGAUUGGGGUACACAUUUUGAGUGGGGUUUUUGUGUUGUUUUAUUUCUUAGCCAGUUGUCUUUGUUGAAAUUAUGCUUUUGAAAAUAAGCUAAUUGGACCUAUGGUGUUUGUGGACAAAUGAGGGGUUCUGGGUAAAGUAAUUGUUAAAAAUAUUCAAAAACUGAAAACAAAGUAUAAGAUGCCACUUAAACUACAGUUUUUAGUUAGUUGGUUUGUUUUCAUGCUUAAAACUAGGCUUCCUGUCAAAGCACCCUUGUCUCCCUGUUAUCACUGUUUAUUCAUAAAAGCCUGUCUUAUUAAAAGUGUAUUCCCGGUACCUCUUUUAAAAGGAGUAAAGAGAAUAAAGCACUUUACAUUAAAGCAUGAUCAGAUUGAGAUGUAUGUUAAAAAAUAAAGUGUAACUGAAAUAAAAAGGUAAAAGGGUGAUGGUGAAACAAAA